GAAAGUAUGUGAGUCCCUCCCCCAGCACAGACUGAUCCCACCCGGCAUAUGAUCUGGGCUCCAUGUCAGCCAGGGCGGGCAGCACCGACUUGCCGGGGCGCUGUGUGUAGCCAGAGCAAUGACCUUAACGAAAAAGGGUUUCUACAGGGCUCUUCCACUCCCUUCUGAGGUGGCCAAGGCCAGCAUGGACAGGACCAGAGAUAUGGAGGAGAGCCUGCUGCAAUCUGUGACGAGAACUGGAGCACUGGUGCCAAAGAAGCGAGCGGUGGGAAGGCUGGUCAUGCACAGCAUGGCAAUGUUCGGCCGGGAGUUCUGCUAUGCUGUGGAGGCCGCCUUUGUCACGCCGGUGCUGCUCAGUGUAGGGCUGCCCAAGCACCUCUACAGCCUGGUGUGGCUCAUCAGCCCUAUCCUGGGCUUCGUGCUGCAGCCUGUGGUAGGUUCAGCCAGUGAUCACUGCACCUGUGGCUGGGGCAGGAGGCGGCCUUACAUUCUGGGUCUGGGCAUCAUAAUGCUGUUAGGCAUGGCUUUGUACCUCAACGGGGACGUGAUGAUCACAGCUUUCAUCGGUGGGAGAGACAAUCAGCGAACGUGGGCAAUAAUCAUUACCAUGCUGGGAGUAGUGCUUUUUGAUUUUGCAGCUGAUUUUAUCGAUGGCCCCAUCAAAGCAUAUUUAUUUGAUGUCUGCUCUCAUCAGGAUAAAGAGAAGGGUCUGCAUUACCACGCCCUCUUUACAGGCUUGGGAGGAGCCCUGGGUUACCUGACAGGUGCUAUGGAUUGGGGUCAAACUGUACUAGGAUUUUCCUUGGCAUCAGAAUUCCAGGUGAUUUUCUUCUUCGCUGCCCUGGUUUUCCUAAUCUGCCUUACCGUACAUCUGCACAGUAUUCCUGAAGUCCCACUCAGAUAUGAAAAUGAAGAGGCGAAGUUAUUGUUGGAAGUGACUGAAUCCUAUAACUAUAGCUCCAUAGAGGAGGAAAUAAAGAACAGUUACUUAAAAUCAACAUGUGCUGAAGUAAAUGCUGCGGCUAAACCGGGGAGAUACACUGAUACGUCACACACAGAGGAUCAAAGGCGUAUGACCCUUAAAUCACUUUUGAAGACACUUCUAAGCAUGCCAUCCCACUAUCGCUGUCUGUGUGUGAGCCACCUCUUUGGAUGGAUGGCUUUCCUAUCCAACAUGCUCUUCUUUACGGAUUUCAUGGGACAGGUUGUAUACCAGGGUAGUCCUUAUGCACCUCAUAACUCCACACUUUACCUUACAUACAAAACAGGAGUAGAAAUGGGAUGCUGGGGGUUGUGCAUCAAUGCAAUUUCUUCAUCAGUCUAUUCUUACCUGCAGAAAAUCCUUCUGCCAUACAUAGGAUUAAAGGGACUUUAUUUCAUUGGGUAUCUACUUUUUGGAUUGGGUACUGGACUAAUUGGCUUGUUUCCCAAUGUCUAUUCUACCCUGGCUCUAUGUUCCCUCUUUGGGGUCAUGUCCAGCACACUGUACACAGUGCCAUUUCACCUCAUUGCAGAGUAUCACAGGGAAGAAGAGAGCCUGAAGCUGCAGUAUGGGGAACAAGCCAGAGAACACAGGCGGGGGAAGGGCAUUGACUGUGCCGCUCUCACCUGCAUGGUCCAACUGGCCCAGAUCAUUCUCGGUGUGGGCCUGGGGCUCCUGGUUAGCGUUGCUGGCAGCGCGGUCACUGUGAUUUCGGCAUCUAUGGUGGCACUGAUCGGCUGCUGCUUUGUUGCUUUCUGUGUUCGAUACGUGGAGUAGGACUGUGUGAAGCAGUUGGAAGAAAUCUCCCCAGGGGAGUGCUUUCUUUCUGCAUCAGUAGCACUGGUGCUGUUGCCGUGCUGAUACCGUUGGCACACACAUCUUUCCCUCUUACCUCCUCGGAGUGGUGGCAAUUCCAGAGCUUUAUGAAAUGGAAAUUUGCGUAAUGCCCUCAGACUGAAAGCUUCUGUAUUUUGACUGCUUUAUUACUUCAUUCUUGCUGCCUCCAGUGUUACACAUGAUGGUAUGUAUGCCCAUGGUAUCUCAAUGCCCUACAUGAGGAGUCAUUACAAAAUUCCUCAUUACCCAUUUGUGGAAGAUAAUAAUGAAGUAUCUGAUAAAUUGAAGAAGUAAUAAAAAUGGACAGAGUUAGGAAGAAAGUUGUUAUUUAUCUUGUUUUUCAAUUAUCUUAAGUUCAGGGCUAUUCCCCUCUCAUAGUCAAAAGCUGCAGGAGGAUCAAACAGAUGUCAGAGGCCACACAGGGUACAAUUGUGUUAUGAUUAGUAGUACUGUUAAAUGACAGCAGUUAAUUCCCAGCUCCUGUCAAAAGCAGAUUUGGGUGUGAAAGAUAAUUGGAACAUAAAAAACAUUGAAACCUAUUGUUUAAAAGCAUAAGUAUAAAGCAAUUAUUUUAUACUGGAUCCUGCUGCUUCUGUAUAAAUUAAAUGAAAGUAUUGACUGAGCUUGUCAUGGAAGUCUGCUUAAGGCUGCUUUGCGAAUCCAUGUGUAGGCAUCUACACGAUCCAUCCUUGGGAAACAGCUGCCAUUUCCUCCUUCUUAAAAAACAGGCCUCUUGACUUUGGUACUGUAACAGAAAAAUAAGCUUGGCCAAAAUAAGAAUUUUAUGAAUGGUUGUAAGCCACUUAAAUCUUGACAUUGGAUAUGACAGUAUUUGCCUUAAAGUAGCAUCUCUGUUUUCUCUAUUUUCCUUCAUGCUUCUAGCUUUGAGUGAAACAGAUCUUUAGAGAAUAUUGUAAAUAAAUUCAGUUCUGCAAAGCACUAUCAGGAAUUAUUGUACAGUAAAUACUUAAGUCCAGGGUUUUUUUGUAUUUAAUUGCAUAUGAAAUCUCAUUCUUAUUUUUAUAAUAUUGCUAGAGUUUUGAAGAUCCUAUGUUUGUUAAAGUGAUACGCUGUAUUUAUGCAGUGCUUCCUCUGUCCUGAAAACUGUCAUAUCCAUUCGCUAUGUUGUAUGCUAAGCCACAUAAAGCCAUCUGCUAAUGCAAUAUUGUUAAUGAACAGUGACACAGAGAUACUAUUGCCAGGUAUGGUGUUUGGUUUGUUGUUUUUUUUUUUUUUUAAAUGUUGCACUUGUAUAAUCAACACAGUUCAGUCAAAAGCACUGUUGAGCUGAUCAGCUCUUAGAAGCCCUGCAUAAUAGGAACUGAUGACACCACAAAUAAAAGGUUAGAUCUGAGCAUAUGUUGCCUCUGCAGAGGUGCACCAACUUAAUCCUUUUUUAUGUUUUCAAGAGUAGAGUGAGUCAUUCAUUCUCAGGAAAACCAAUUUUCCCAUAGGCAAACUCUUAUUAAUUAUAACAAGGCCAUGGCAACUACAGCUGCCUUUUCUUGUUGAAGAUUGUGUCUCCACUGAAAGCCCAAAACAGAGCUCCGUGCAGGGCAAACCUUACCUUUCUUCACAGCUCCCUUAUCCUGCCUUAUGGAAAACCCAUGUUUUAUGGUUUCUUUAAUUUUGUGGCUCUUCACGAAUCCCCCUCAUGUCACACCCAUGGAAGAGUAAAGCUUGGAAGACUGAGUCCCCAGACUGUGCUUGAAACACUCUGUAGGUGCUGAGAUGGCUAGAGCAGAAAGGUCUCAACCAGGACUAAGAGAAGGCCAGAAAAUGAAGGAUGGUUGUUCCUCAAUUCACUUAUGCCAUCAUUGACUCACUAAUUUCCAUUAACUCAAUAUCUCCUGGGAGGAGGAAUUUUUAAGGGAAGAGUGAGGCUUCUGUGGAGACAUUCAAAUAGAGCAAGGAGGAGGUGAUCUGGUUUUAUAGAACUGCAGGACUUGAAGCAUCAUGUAUACCCAUGCUAGAGGAACUGAGGACAUAAAGCUCCAGUUCUGGUGUGUGGCUGGUAAGGGAACUUUGCAAUGUUUACCUAUGUCUUUGUCAAUAUUUUCUCUGAGGUUUACCAUUCAGAACAUUAAAAUUUGAAUGGUCAGUGCUAUCUUUGCUCUGUUACACAAAGAGAAAGCUGGCAUUUAUUCAGGCCCAUGGAGUGACUGUAGGUCUGUAGCAACAUAAUAAGAAUUGUGAACCUGCAGAGAGGAGAGAGUUGUGACCAUCACAUAUAUCAAUGCUUUUAUUUACAAGUUUAUUCAGAGACAACUGUUUCAGGAACUCACACUACCAUCUUUCUCAUGAUCUUCCCUUUUAAAAUUCACUACAUGCUACAGAACACAGAACAGAAUAGAGUCAGUAUUUCUUUGGAAAUCUCGCCAUAAAAACAUCCUAUACUGGUUUCUAAGACUUCAAAAGAAUAUCUUUCUUAAUGAGUCUCUGUUAAAAACAGCAAGCAGACAAAAAACUAUAUGAUUUGAAAAACAGUGUUUAAAACAGAAAAAUUAUGA